AUGCAUUUGGCAGCUUCUCUUUUCGCUUUAUAUGUCGGCACCGUCUCUUCUCAAACAGUCCCAUCUGCCCCCAGUCCAGAGCCUAUAGAAGUGGUCGAGCUUCGUCUGCCACCAAUCGCCCCAAGCGAUGCAACAGGAGCCUGCACGUCUGAUGUCAAUCCUCGCGGGACAGGAUGCAUUCGUAGAGAGAUGGGAGACCACGAAUUCCAAGCUGGUGAUUUCACACCUGAUGGUAAUCAUGUCAUUGUCAAUGUUGCAUUUGUUGGAGCCCCCGGAGCGCCAGAUCCGGCGAGUAUCUACACCGGCGAACAAGUCAUUCUUGUCAAAGCAGAUGGAACCAACUUUACCAACGGCGAUCACUGGAAGUGUUUGAGUUGUGCUGUUCCUCCAGAGAAUGCAAGGUCUCUCGACGAGCAGAAGGAUUAUCCUCAUGUAUUCCGCAGUGGUGACAAGGCGCUGUGGGGUCACAACGUUCUGGAUUGUGGGGGCCAUCAACUGAGCAGUGAUGACUGUACCCCCGAGAAGACACACAUCUAUCCGAUCCAUUGGAAUACCGCAGCUGACGGCUCUGGAAGGGGAGGCGCGCCACGUGAAUUGCGCCUUCAUCCCGACGACCGCCAUCUUGGGUUCAGCUCAUUUACCGCCACAGGAGGCCAGAAUUGUUACUUUGGGAGGCUGGAGUUCAACGCAGACCCUCAAGUGGGUGAGCCAAGAGUCCCUCGCUACGACCUGGUUGACGUAAAUCUACUCUUCGACCCAAACCGGCAAAAGUACCUGAGUGCGGACGACAAGGAUCUUUCGUUUCAUGAUGAUGCAAUCUCUGUUGGAGAGCUUCGAGGAUUUUCGGGCGUCGGCGACGAGAUCUUGUACAUUGGCCCUUCGCGUGAGGCUAACAACAUCGACGUAUAUGCUGUCCACGUUAUCACUGGUGCAGUUAGGCGGCUGACAAGUCAUCCGGAAUAUGUUGAUCCUGUCGCAUUUUCUCAUGAUAACCAAUGGUUCGUCGCUAUGGAUACUCGCGGAUCGGAUCGACAGAUGUGGAUGUCGGGUAUGCGAUACGUGCCGCCGUUGAUUGAUGUAGUCACUAUUACUGUGGCCUCAUCUACCCGUAACAAUGGCAUGCGACGUUUCUUCCAGCCUAUUCUUAUCGAUCGGUACGGGGAUCGAGGUAACUACUUCGGCCAACAGGUUAAUGCUGCAGGCGACGGGAGUGACGGCGCUGUGAACGACCCCAACUGGAACGGAAGAGCUGAUCCAGCAUUUUCCCACGACGGGACUAAAAUCGUGUACUGGCAAGCACUUGUAGUCUCGCCUGCAUGUGGAGGUGCAAAUCCACUACCAUGCCCAGUCUCAUCGUCGCCAGGACAUCCCGAAUUUCGUCUCAUGCUUGCAAAACUUACUAGCCGGUCACCAAAAACCCCACCAGAACCAUUCGAUGUGCCCGACAAGCUUCCUUGGGCGACACCUUUCCCGCCAGGCAGUGUACCUCCAGAAUCAUCUUCCAAUUCAAUUCAGCCCGGUAACUACACUCUGAAAGGUAAAUUCAGCGGGGUCGCAACCGUUCAACUAAUCGGAGACGGGGGAAUUGACACGGUAGCUGUCGACUAUACCAACUUCUCCGAUGACGGGAAGCACUUCAUUGAUGGAUGGGAGAACGUCACAAGGACAAUUCUAUACCCAAAUGUCUGGAAUAACAAAAUUGAUUGGUACUCUGAUCUAGUACAAUCUGGUGCAGUCAACGCAACGAAGAAGACAGGUCUUGGGGGCUUCCAUCUCGAAAUCGACGCAGUACUCAACAUCUUUAACGCAAACGGAACACUGACAACAACUAUAGAUGGGGUUGAAUACAAACAACCUGCAAAUGGAACAUAG